ACGUCAGUUUCGUAACCAUCAGAGAGCAAAACAUGCCGAUCGGUUUUUCGUGCUCCGCGUAGUCGCGAACUUUUUCACCAACUUCUUGACCGAAAAGCCGCCCCAAAAUGCUGUCGCAAACGUUCCGCCAUGGCCUGCGGGCCGUCAUGCAACGCCACCACGGAGCCCGCACCCUAUCCGCGCGUUCCCUGCCCCAGCAGCAGGACGAGUACACGGCCGAGCCGGAAUAUCCCCCCAUCCAGGAGCUCUCGUUCCGGGCGAAAAAGGCCCGCGAGGCGGCCCAGUGGCACGAAAAGAUCCGCCAGCUCAGUUCCGUCGAGGAGAAGCUGUUGGAGAUUAAUAUGCCUAAGUAUUAUGGGUACAAGGCGCACAUGAUCAGCGACGGCAAGGUUCCGUACAAUGCGCUGCCGUUGGCGCAGUACGCGACCAGGACGCACUUUGUGGAGGGACAGUUGCCGGAAGGGUACGGAAAGCUGGAGGCGGAUGCCAAAGUGCUGCUGGAAGCACUGCGGGGGGAGCUGGAGGACGUUCUUGAGUUUGAGUUGGGUGGGUACAGCCACCCGGAACUCUCGGACGAAUCGCUGACCGCCCAGCAGCGCGAGGAACUCCUCACUUCGUCGCUACUUCGCGCCCUCAACCGAGUGCUCGUGAACGGCCUGUCCGGCCAGCACUCGCACCUGGCCGAGCUCGAGCAGGACUUUGAUCCGCGCCACGAAGCGUUCUGGUUCGUCGGCGGAAUGCCACCGCCUUCGUUAGUUCGCAAAAUCAAGGAAGGCGUCGAGUGGCAAAAGCCGUACGCUGAUGAUCCGUACGACCGUAAGUUCCAGUACGUUGGGCAGCCAUACCUGGCGCUGCGCCACAAACAUCCACUCGGGCCGGUCGCCGGAGACGAUUUGGCAACGUUGGAUUACCGCAAGGAUAACGUUGAGAUUCCAGUGUUCAAGUACGAUCCCAUCUCGCUCGGAUAUCACACGGAGCAACGCUACGCCACGACCAUUCCCGGCUUCUGGCCCGGUGACCAGCACGAGUUCGGACUGGUCUCGUUUCAGCGGCGAAGUCACGCCCAGAUUCGCCACACCUACUGCGCCGUAGACGACCUCCAGGAAGCACUCCACGCGCAGGCCAUCUUCUCCAGCUAUGCUUGGCUGUUCGGCCAGGCUUGCUAUCAAGGAUUCUCCACCUUCAACGACCUUACCUACCCCCUCACCACGCAAACAAUCACCACCGACGGCAAAAACUGGUCCUUUUACGUCUACCAGCUCAACACGACCCUCGUCCACUCGGACCAACCCGAGCAGAACCCGCGCUACAACCGCUGCUGGGGCACGCAAGAACUCCAACUGUACGACCACAUCGACGAAGCCACCGGCAAAAUCCACGGCCUCAACGACCAAGUCCUCCUCCACCUAAUCUCCUUCUACGCCAACGCCCCCAAACCUCCACAAUCCAUCGACCUAAAACCAAACCUGUGCAAAACGGAGACCCGCGUGGCCAACAUCAUCGACGAGAAGCGGCGCGUCUUCAUGGAGCAAAACUACAAGUACCGCGUUUCGAACCGACCCCGUCACCGGCCCGACCCCGAGCUGUACCUGUGGGAGAAGAUCUACAAGGUGGACAACAACACGCGGCCAAUGGAACCGAAGCGGCGCCCCUUCGAGCUGCACCAGAACAUGUAUCGGCGCCGUUUGGACGAGCACGCGCCCAAGUACAUUCCGCGCCAGGUGCGACCGGACGGACCGAAGAGCAAGCCCCGCUUCGAGGCGACGUACUAUCCGAGCGUCAGGCGAUAAAGGGGUGAGUUGUGCUUUUUUUUCUUCUUAGUGUGAUGUAUCAAUAAAAUGUUGGUCGAAAAUUGCA